AUGACAGACAUCUCGAAUUUCGAGGCUGACCUUUCGCAAAGCCCAAGAGCGAAAUCCAAAGCCGAAGUUUCCAACACCAGCCACGUCGACAACCUGGACGACGAGCAACAGCAACUAGCUCAUCUUGCAAACCAAGAAGAUCAUGAGCUAGGAGUAUAUGCAUCGCUUCGCAAGUAUCCCUGGGCUUGUGCAUGGUGCGCCUACGCCUGCUGGACUAUCAUUUUGUGCAGUUUCGAGCUGCAGGCUGCAGGCUCUGUCUUAGGUAUUCCUACGUUUCGCAAGGACUUUGGGGAGGAGUUCAACGGCAAUUACGUCUUGCCUGCUGCUUGGCAGUCUGCUUUCAACGCUGCACCCGUUGCGUCUGCAACAUUCGGUGUUCUUGGGGCCGCGGCAAUUGCUGAUUAUAUUGGUCGUCAAUGGACCCUCAUCGGCGCACUUGUUGUUUCUUUUGCCGCGAUCACGAUGGAAUUCGUUUCGACCACGAAGGGGGUUUUCUUUGGUGGCAAAUUCCUCAACGGGUUCGCAACCGGAACCAUCCAGGCGGUUAUGACGACAUAUAUCGGAGAGAUCACCCCCCUUGCUUGGAGAGGCAUCUUCACAGUGGGGAUUGGUAUUGCCUUCGGCAUCGGUCCCCUCGUUGCAUUCAUCAUCGUCAAUUACACCGGUGACGUUGAGACCCGUUGGGCCUACCGUACGGUAUUUUGCUGCCAGUAUGGUUUUGCAGCCAUCUCGGCCCUACUUGUUCUCUUCAUGCCCGAGUCUCCUUGGUGGCUGGCGUCGAAAGGCCGCAACGAAAAGGCCUUGAAAAACUUGGAAAAGCUCGGACACAAGGGUGAGGAAGGAAGAAAGAAGCUUGCACUGAUCGAGUUGACACUCGAGGAGAUCAGGCGCGAGACCGAAGGCGUGACGUACCUUGAAUGCUUCAGGAAAUCGAACCUAAGGCGAACAAUGAUUUCCAUCGGACCGUUGAUCAUUCAAGUUCUCACUGGUAUCACCUUCGUGGCCGGAUACUUCACGUACUACUUGCAACUUGCAGGGUAUUCGACGGAAAUGAGUUUCCGAAUUCAGAUUGCCCAACCCGUUCUGUCCAUUGUCGGUAAUCUGAUGGCCGCCGCCAUCAUCGAUCGCGUGGGCCGACGAAAUCUCACGCUUUACGGCCUUUGUAUCUUGGUUGUGCUACUCUUCAUCGAGGGAGGUUUGGCCACGGGUGGCAGUCCCGCCGAGAUCAAAGGCACUGUGGCUAUGAUCCUGAUCUAUAGCUGGAUGUAUAACGUUUCCAUCGGGUCUACAGCGUUCGCAAUCAUGACCGAGACCUCAACUUCCCGGCUCCGUGUCAAGACUAUCGCGAUUGGCUUGGCCCUGCAAAAUGCCAUCAACGUCAUGUGGCAAUUCGUCCUGCCCUACAUGUUCAAUCCAGACAAGGGAAACUUAGGGGGUAAAGUGGCUUUUGUCUUUGGUGGGCCUAGUUUCCUCUGCAUCGCUUAUCUCUGGUUCUUCCAGCCCGAGACAGCAGGUCGGACGUACGAGGAACUGGAUGAGAUGUUUACCAAACGUGUUCCUCCUCGAAAGUUCAAAACUUACAAACCUGAGGCCCAGACGAAAGGCGAGGUUGUGACGGAGUUGCACACCAAAUCCGCCAAUGCGUAA